AUAUACAACAUAGCGACGCGUGGGCGUACAUACAUCUACACACUUAGGUAUACUUAUGGACGUACAUAUGCGUAGGUAUGUGUACCCAGGAACAUGCAGACAUACACACACACACGCACACACACACAUACACACACACGUACGCGUGCUGCCCACACGCACACUUACUCUCUCACACAUACCACAGACACACAUACGCACGCACGUACUUACAGACGCGGGCAUAAAGUUAUGCUUUACAUAAUACGAUGGAACACGUGAAUGAAAUAAACACAUUCACAUACAGAUCAAUCACGCCGCUUGAAGAGAAACACACACAUACUCACACAAACAGACCCACACAUAUACGUAUAUGUACGUAUAUAUGUAUGAAUGUGGUACGUAAUAUAUGUUAUGUAUGUGUGUGUUCUAGAAAUUACUCUUUAUUUCAUUUUCCUUAAUUCUAGUUUCCUGCAGUUAUCGCAUAAGUUAUUAUUGAAGCUGCUUGUUUUCAUUUCGUCUUGAAAAAUGAAUAUCCAACUCUGUUUAAAUAUAUCAACUUUGGAAACAGAAUUCUUUAAACUACCUGGUUCCGUAACAAAACAUAGUCGCAAUAUUAGAUAUAUCACUUAUGAAGUUAGAACCUACAAUAUUUAAUUUUGUAUUUCGAGAAAUACUUAACAUAUUCUAAAAUUUUACUUUUUAUUUUUUUCAUUUUCCUUUUUGUUUUAGUUCAGUUCAUUUAGUGAGGAACAGUGUAUCGAUUGGAUUUUGCGGGGUUUGUGACCGGUCGAAGAUGUUACUGGAUCGACUUUUCUCUAUCUUUUACUAUUCUACGGUUUAGUGACCACCACUAUGAAACACCAACUUCUACAUGCCUACAGGUUUCAGUAACUUCAACAACAACAAUAUCCACGUUACAGUUGUGUGUGUAUCGUCGCCUCUGAAGAUACUUUGAAAAAAUAUAUAUAUAAAAGAAGAAUAAAACUGAUGUUGUCAAGGCGGAGUAUUCUUGUUUCGUUUUGUUUUUACCUGUGAUACUCUAAAUAAGACUUGUGUAGGCACGCUUUAACCAGUGACCGCCCUGUUCGUGUAUAUGUAAUAUAUAUUUUACAGUCAGACGUAAGAUUCUCAACGCAAGCAGAUCUGUGAUAUAUUAUAUUUAACUCUAACGCAGAAGAGUCAACAACACUGUUUUGUGUGUUCUUAAUGUGUAUUAUUUUUUUAUUAUUGCUACAUUUUGACCAAUAUUUAACCAAACUUUUAAUCAACGGCAUUCUUCUUGAAUUACAUACACACGUGGAAAACUUUAAUCAAAAUAUUCCUAUGGUAUUUUAAAACCAAUUGAAAACCCAUUGGAAAUAUUUAUCGAAGCAAGUCUUGCGGAUUUUUGUCUGUUCGAUUUUUUUUUCUUCAUCAAGAGAAAGAACAAUGAUGCAGAGAUUAUUAAAAAUAUCUAUUAAUAUAGAUGGAAGUAUUCUAAAAGCCUGGAGAAUCUGAAAGUGAAUAAGAAAAAAUUUUGCAAGAAAUAUUUUUGAAGGAAAUGUAGGAAGAAGAUCAACAUGAAGGAGAUGAAAAAACUAUACGGCUUCACCUUUGAAAAUGAGUGUUACAAACAAAUGUAUGUGUUUCCUGGAAGUCUAUAUACACCACCUACUUCUGCUGUUUCAACACACGAAUACAAACAAAUAAACGAAUACGCUCGCACAAACAUCCGUAUGCAACAAACAACACUCCGUAUUGUUUCAGAUCACACAACAGGGUGAUUUAUGCUGAAAAAUCAUCGUCAAUCUCAUGGGUUGUCUUCUGGCUAAAAUGAAGAACUAAUAUUUUGUGUCCCUUGGAAUUAUGUAACACUUAUAACUAUGGCGUCCGUUAGUCUCCCGUAAACUUUGAUCUAUCUACACCGAGAAAAUCUUGUUUGGAUCUUGACAGAGCAGCAUCUGCUGUCAAUGUAAAGGUCCCCCAAGAGAGUGAGUUGUUGCUGCAUUUGAAAGGAUUAACCUCCGAGGGUAGUUCUGGUGCUGAUUUGUUAUCAAAUGCUCUUUUAUUCACCAGCAAGACAUUCAGUUUCUUCCUCUCCUUCACUCUUUUUAUACCCCCGCCUUGUUACUUUUUUAUUAUCAAAUACAUAUAUAUACAUAUGAACAUGUUCGUAUGUGUGUGUAUACAUAUAUAUAUAUGUGUGUGUAGCUAUUUUUAAUAUAGGUAUAACUGCUGCUCUUUGGAUCAGGAUUUUCAUAGUAUCCUCCUCCUCUGACCUAUCAUCUUCAAAGUCAUCACUACUACCAGGACCAUUAUCAUCAACGAAAUAAAAAUAAAAAUAUCAAACCAACAGACUUAAAGAAAACAAAACAAAAAAAACCCCACCAAGAUGGCAUCAGUAUCUGAUAUAGAUGAAAUGAUGUUUGAUCUGUAUAACGGAUCACUGGGCAAUUUCACUCAUGUGUUUGAAGAUUAUGCAGACGAUAUGGCAAUGUUAUUUGAUUGGAAUGAUAUAGCACUUGUCAGCCUUUAUACAAUUGUCUUUGUUAUCUCAAUCAUUGGCAAUAUAUCAAUUCUCUUAUUGAUUGGUCUCACACGGAAACUGCGUAACAUCACCAACAUGCUUCUGUCUAAUAUGGCCGUCGCUGACCUUGCAGUCACUGUAGUGUGUAUACCUAUAGCAGUAAGCCAAAGUAUAUAUAAAGUUUGGAUGUUUGGAGAAGCUAUGUGCAAAUUCGCUGGAUUUCUACAAGGCUUGGCUGUAGUAGCCAGUAUAUUCACCAUCUCUAUCUUGAGUCUGGAUCGCCUGCUCGCCAUCAAAUACCCGAUGAUAUUCAGACGAUUGUGUACUACCCGGAUAGCUGUACGCCUGACGAUCUUCAUUUGGUUGUCGUCUGUUUGUAUCAUGUCACCGAUGCUACACGUUAAAAAACUCACAUCAUUUCCAAUACCAAACAAGACGCUGUACUUUUGUCACGAAAUUUGGGCCAGUUUAAAACAGCGGAUACUAUAUGACUUAUGCCUGUUUCUCAUAAUAUAUAUAUUCCCAGGUAUCAUAACGACAACAUCCUAUUCGUUGAUAGGAUGGAGAUUACUCACCGAAGAUUCUCAUUUGAAGAGAAAAGAUUCAUCGGUCAGUAAAGGUAUUUCAAAUAACGUAAUGAGUGGCCGAAGACGUGUGGCGAAAAUGCUGAUCGUUUUGGCAGCUUUGUUUCUCUUUUGUUGGUCACCUUACCACAUAAUCAAUGUGUACUUAGACUUCGAAUUGACCCAAAGCAAAAACUUUACUCAUAUACUCUCCUAUACUAUUUUACUGGGACACUUUAACAGUGCUUUAAACCCCAUCUUGUACUUCUACGGGAGUAAAACUUUCAGACGAGCGGCACUGCGCAUAAUCAGAUGUCAGAAGGUACGAUCGACACUCCGUGGGCCUGUCCAUGUCGUUGUUCGCUACACGAAGAAAAACGAGGGUAACAUUGGCAUACAACAAAACCCAGUGGUGAAGGUUCUAUCUAGAUCAUACUCUUCAAGUCGAUCUAGCAGCAGUUUUCUUUAUUCGCGUUCGAGCAGUAUAAAAUCACCAACCCAUAGAGAAAAUAUGAAGGAGUUAAACAGCAUUCAGAAGCGAUACGAUUCAGUAAGUUGGUCAAAACGUCCGAUUUGGUCAAAUGAUGAUCCAAUUAUCGACACAAAAUACGCAUGUGCUGACUAUACACACAGAUCGACAGCGAUGUGCCAGCGUGUUAUUGCGAAACAUCGACGGGAGAUUCUUCAACAUUCUUUAAGCAUCCCGACAACCAUCAACGAAGAAAGCAUCAGGAGCUGUUCGUGCUCUCCUACAAUGAACGCUGCUUCAAAUAAUGCCAGUAGCGAGAAUUGAAUGGUUGUUCGAUAGACUCACCGAUAGGGGGCUCAAUUAUGGAGCGACAAAAAAAAAUAAGGGAAAAUAACGAUAAACAGGAAUCCGACACAGAAAGUCUGAUUUUAACUGCACAAGACCAAUGACAAACGAAACGAACAAAAAUAAAUCGACUAGAACUAAAAAGAUACAGAGUGAGUGCAGACUCUGAAAAUUGCGUAUUGAGACGGUUGGCCAUGUCCUCUCCGUUUGACCAGUCCAGAUUUAUUCAGAAUCACGAUCGAAGCCGGUAGCUAUGUCCACUGAGAAUAUAGUGACAUUUCAACGUGACAAAAUAUAAAUAGUUUAAACAUGUACAAAACAUGGUGCAUGACAAUGGCUUGGUGACAAUCACCUGAGAUUUGCUUGUCUACACUGACAAGGAGAUCAAGGAAAACCGACCAGAUAUAAUAAUCAAAGACUUCAAAGAAAAUGUCUACACACUGAUAGACCGGCAUCCCGGUAAUUCUUUUUUUGUUUUCUUUUACCAAAACAUUGCUCGAAAGGAGGUUGAGAAACUAUCAAAACAAAAAAAUUUGAAAUAUGCAACAUGUAGGCAUGAAAGAAGACAUUACCAAUAAUAACUGAAGUGCAAUGUUUGAUAAAUAUCCAUGGGCAAAAGCAUACAAACCGUACUAUGGCUCGAUAAGUUAUACGCCAUGUAUAUAAUAUAGGCCUACAAGUCACAGCAUACAUCCUACGUAAGGUACUUUCAUUUCAAUGUCUCAGUACAAAGUGUAACUUCUAUAUAUACAACAUUUCUCAAUACAGUGAACAUCAAUUAAAAUUAAACCAUUCACACAGCCUCUAAAGUACAUAAUCAGCACCCAUUAAUCAAUACAACACAUACACCUAUAUAUGCCAUACCUGACAUUGUAACACCGAAAAGUCACACACCUCAAAUCAUACACAGCUGCAAUUCUUUAAUAUUACCAAUCUACACAUUUUAUUCAAUCACUUCUCGUCACAAAAUCAAAUAACAAAAGUCAUACGUUGCUUUCAAAAUAAGAGAAACCAAUUCACAAAUUAAAACAUACCUCAAUGCUAGUUCUCUACACGACGGAUGAAACGUUACAAUAUUAUCAGAAACAACUUUAAAGUUCCUACAACAAUGCAAAAUUGCUGUAGCAUGAAAACACAAUUUUACAUUCCCAGAAAGAAGUAAAGUGCGCACUUCAUAAAUAAGGAUGUGCACGUGCUGGAACAGUAGAAGCUCGCAUGAAACUGUUAACAACAACAAUAAUAAUAAUAAUAAUAAUAAUAACAAUAAUAAUAAUAAUAAUAAUAAUAAAGGCUCUCGGCCGUCAGAUUUGAGUUGGAUUAUUUAGUCCACACCAGAAUUUAGUUUCACCAGCAUUCAAGCACAAAAGACACAUUUCCAUUAAAGUGGGCCACAGUUCUAUUGGUGAAUUUUGGUAACAAAAUCUUGACCUCCUUCAAAUAUUCUAUACAAGAAAUGUAGCAAAAAUAACUCUAUAAAAAAAAUUGUCCACCUUCCCGGUGUUUUUCCAGUUUGUUUCUAUUGUAUAUAAAUAUAUAUAUAUAUACAUACAUAUAUAUAUAUAUAUAUAUAUAUAAUGGUUAAAGAGGACAACACACGUUAAGGUAAGACAAACAUCUCAAGUCAUAUACGUUAUUAUUAUUAUUAUUAUUAUUAUUAUUAUUAUUAUUAUUAUUAUUAUUAUGACUUGAGAUGAUUGUCUUGCCUUAACGUCUGUUGUCCUUUUUAACAAUUAUAUAUCCGCUGCAUCGGAAAUCUACAAUCGUUCCAUAAUUCCCGUCUCGGCUAUGAGCUUGGGGCCCCGGUAAUCCGUUACAGCACUUACCCAGCGUACCUGGUCAUUUAGACCACCUGUGAACUAAACCCCGAUAUUUUACAUACAUAUAUGUGUGUGUGUGUGUGUGUGUGUGUGUGUGUGUGUGUGUGUGUGUGUGUGUGUGUAUGUUUGUAGAAAAUG